CGGCUGGCCGAGAUGGACGAGCAGCGGCGCGGCGAGGUGCAGCACUACUGGCUCGUCCAAUAUCAGCGGCUUCUGGACAGCAAACCUGAGCGGGUCAGGCAGCUGGAGGAGACGCUGGAUGAUAAGGUGAAGGAGCUGCUGCAGAGCGCCGGCGCCGAGGACUACCUCACCAUGUUCGCCACCAGCGGUGUCCAGUACAAGAUGCUGCUGUAUAUGGACGACGCUGAACUGAUCGAGCUGGGAGUCAGUGACCUGUCGACGCGAGCAGCCAUCCUGCGCCAGACGGCGCUGGCCAGGGACGAAGACGAGCUGAAGCCUCGCGCGCCGUCCGCGCCGCCGGCCGAGACGCCGCCUGCGUGA